CUGCCUGCAUCUGCCUGCAUCUGCCUGCAUCUGCCCGCUGCCAAGACAUUCCGAACCUGAACCAUGGCCUUCGCUGUGCAAACCGUCGAGACCACCCCGUUUGAUGGUCAAAAGCCCGGAACCUCUGGCCUCCGCAAGAGGGUCAAGGUCUUCCAGCAACCCCACUACACCGAGAACUUUGUGCAGGCCAUCCUCUCGGCCAUCCCCGGCGGCCCCAAGGGCGCGGUCUUGGUCGUUGGCGGCGACGGACGGUACUUUGGCAAGGAAGCCGUCAACAAGAUCAUCCGUCUCUCUGCAGGAAACGGCGUUUCCCAUCUUAUCAUUGGCCACAACGGCAUCCUGUCUACCCCUGCGGCCUCCAACCUUAUCCGCAAGCGCAAGGCCACUGGCGGCAUCUUGCUGACGGCCUCUCACAACCCUGGUGGCCCUGACAACGACUUUGGCAUCAAGUACAAUGCUAGCAACGGCGGACCUGCCCCUGAAGGCGUUACCGAUCAUAUCUACAAGCUCACCACCCAGAUCCAAGUCUAUCACUCUGCCGACAUCCCCGAGGUCGAUCUCUCGGAGCUGUCCACCCACCAGUUUGGUGAUCUCACCGUCGAGAUUGUCGACUCGGUCGCCGACUACGAGGAGCUCAUGAAGGAGGUCUUUGAUUUUGAUCUCAUCCGAAGCUUCUUUGCGUCGCGCCCCGAUUUCAAGGUUCUCUUUGAUGCCAUGCAUGGAGUGACCGGGCCAUAUGCCAAGAGAAUUCUCAGCGAAUCUCUGGGUCUGGAUAUCUCCUCGGUCAUGAACUUUGUCCCCCUCGAGGAUUUUGGUGGCGGUCAUCCUGAUCCCAACCUCACCUAUGCCCACGACCUCGUCGAGCGUGUUGAGCGGGAGAAUAUCAACUUUGGUGCAGCCUCUGAUGGCGAUGGUGAUCGCAACAUGAUCAUUGGCAAGGGUGCCUUUGUGAACCCAUCUGACUCUGUCGCCGUCAUCGCUGCCCAUGCCGAAGUCAUUCCCUUUUUCAAAAAGACUGGCGUCAAGGGUCUUGCCCGCUCGAUGCCCACUUCGGCUGCCAUCGACCGUGUUGCCAAGGAGAACGGAAUUGCUAUUUAUGAGGUCCCCACCGGCUGGAAGUUCUUUGGCAACCUCAUGGAUGCUGGCCGCCUCUCCAUCUGUGGCGAGGAGAGCUUUGGCACGGGCUCGGAUCACAUCCGUGAAAAGGACGGCAUUUGGGCUGUUUUGGCCUGGCUCUCGAUCCUGGCUAAUGCCAGCUUGACCCAGCCCGACGUUGGCCUCAACGACAUCCUCAACAGCCACUAUGCCAAAUAUGGCCGCAAUUACUUCUCGCGCUACGAUUAUGAAGAGGUUGAGAGCGAGGGUGCCAACAAGCUCAUUACCCUGCUCCGCAGCCUCGUUGGCGAGCAUCACGACUCGACCGUCGGAAUGACCUUUGGCAACUAUACUGUUGCCGAGUGCGACGACUUUGCCUACACCGAUCCCAUCGACGGAAGCGUUUCGACCAAGCAGGGUGUUCGCAUCGUCUUCACCGACGGCUCGCGCAUCAUUUUCAGACUCUCGGGCACUGGCUCUCAGGGCGCCACCAUCCGUGUUUAUGUUGAAAAAUACGACGCCGUCAACUACAGCCAGAACACUCCAGAUGCCAUCCGCGAUCUGAUCCAGGUUGCUCUCGAUAUCUCUCGCCUCGAGGAGUUCACCGGUCGCAAGGAGCCCACUGUCAUCACGUAAACAGGCUUGGGUUGAGCGUUCGAGUGAACAGGGCCAAGCCUUGAAGGAUUGGCCCAGGCUGCCGAUAUAUCCUCCUGCGGACCCUGUCGCCGCUUUCCGUUUCGUUUCGUUUCGUUUCGUU